AUGAUUUCGAUUCUUGACUUUGUUUUUCAGGCUGUAAUCCUUGUGCUGACAACGUUCGCUCUCGUCAACACCUGUUCUGUACCCACCUCUUGUACAUGCUAUAAUAGUUCCAUUAGUUACAGAAUCAGGUGUAGCCACAAAAAAUUAACAAACGUUCCUAGUAUGUUACCAUCUAACAUUCAUGUCCACAAGUUGUAUUUGUUUUUCAAUGUGAACUUGUUUACAGUUAUUCCAAACAAUGUAUUUGAAACAUUUAGCUUCUUCAAUGCAUCAGAUGUUUAUUUGACACUUUCAAAUAAUAAUAUCCGUUUAAUCGAAAAUGAUGCAUUUAAUGGAAUUGAAAAUGUUAUAACAGAUCUUAAUCUGUACAGUAAUAAUCUUAUGACGAUCCCGUUUGCUAUCAGUAAACUAGUUAACCUAAAAACUCUUAAAAUUCAGAAAAAUCCUCUUCGUUCACUUGACUCAUCAGUGAUGGCACAUAUUGGCCAAAGUUUGACUUACUUUAGUUUAGAUUUAAAUCAUUUUACUAAAAUGCCAAGAGAACUUCGAUAUCUUCGAGUAUUGCAGAGUUUGACCAUAAACCACAUACCGUUUUCGCAUAUGGACGUGAAUGCUUUCCAAGGAGUUAAUCAUACACUUAAGACUCUAUAUCUUGAAUAUUCUAAACUUGAAAAGAUGCCCCUUUCCAUAUGUCGCCUGAGUAAUCUAUCAUUAUUGUCUUUCACAUAUGAUAGUUACCUUAAGGAAAACAAGUCCUCUAUUCUUAUGUCAUGUGGUUGCAAAUUGCCAUCUGUCACACGAUUAUACUUACAUUCUAAUAGUCUCCAUACGUUUCCGGAUAUUUUUGCGCUAUUUCCAUCACUUACACUUUUACACAUGCUUGGAAAUAAUCUUCAAUACAUAGAUUACGAAAAAAUCCCGAAUAAUUCAAAUCUUACAAAUUUGCUUUUGACAAAUAACCUUUUCGACAGAGUACCAUAUGCAUUAAACAGGCUAAAAUUUUUGAAGUCUCUUAGUCUUGAUGGUAAUAACAUUAAAACAAUUGACACACCUGACCUUGUAGGAUUGCAUUCCUUGACAUACUUAGGUAUUUCGUCAAAUCCCAUUAUGUUUAUAGCACCUGAUGCAUUUAAACAUAACGUUAACUUACGUCAUCUUAGAUUAUAUAACACUCAUCUGAAACAUAUUCCUGUUGCAGUGACUACUUUGACAAAACUUUUUGAGAUUGAUCUUGAUGGAAUGUCAAUUGAGUGUACAUGUGACAUGUCUUACUUAAAGCAUUGGAAUGUUUCAACGAUAGACAUUGAAGGAAAUUGCCCAUUUUCUUCUGAAAGUAUCAAAUAUUUUAUCAUGCAUUCCUUACAGUCUUGCCCGUAGACUAAAAACUCGGACGUUACAGAACAUCGAGUAUAUCAUAAUUUUGACUGUGAAUUAUGUUAAAGUUCUAUUGACCCGUAUACUCUUCAUUCAAAGCAAAGACAUGUGUCUUGAUAAAUUUAGCUAUGUAAAUCAUUUAUAAGGGAAAUUUACCAUUUUUUUGCAACAAUAGAUGAUUUGUGAGUUUUUUUAUGGUUUCAUUUUGACAUUAUUAUGCAUAUUUUCGUAAACAUAAUUUGACAAUUAUUGAAUCUGGUUUAGCAAAAUAAUCACAUCGAAAAUAUACCAUUGCUAAUAUAAUCAUUAGUAUUUCCGAAUCUAUUGAUUAAUAUUUUAUUAUGCUUUGAUUUUCGAUCACAUGGGAUAAAAAAUAUAUAUUUCCGGUGAAAAAUUGUUUUCUUACAUAAGACAUUGCGUCCUUUCAACGUGAAUAGUGACCUAGAUCUCCCUGAUAUAAAAUAUCAUGUUGUCAUUAAGCUUCCUAAAUGUAACCACUUUUAUUACUCUAAACAUUUUUGUAAUGUCGGUAUGUUGUAACAAUUUCAAUAAGGUUAUUCAUUCACCAUACUGAAAUGGCUUUCUUGUAAGCACUACUCCACGAGCCUUUGAAACAAGCUAUUUCUUUUCAAGAAUACUGUUAACAAAAAAAAAUUGUUCUUUACUUCAAAUGUUAUUGCAAAUUUUCUUCACUAAAUGCUUGACACACAUGAGUGCAAUGACGUGUUAAUGACGUGUUAAAUAUUUAGAUGAUUUAGUAAGAGGUAACCUGUUAAUGCACUAUGGUGACGAAUUGUUUCUCAUUAUUUAUUGUUCAAUACAUAUUAAUUUUUAUUACAUGUAUUAUAUUUGUUGUUUUUACGUACAUUCAGGGUUUAUCAAUAGUUGUAAAAUCAAUGUGUUAUUGAUCUAUGAAUUGGUAACAUAUGAUUGUAUGUUUAUCAAGUAAUGUAAUGACAAUAACCUUAUGAACGCAUUGAACGUUGUAUGAUAAAGACAAAUGCUAUAAAAA